CCCCCUCUGGUGCCCGGAGUCCCCCUCCCCUUCCUCCCCACCCCCUCCCCUCCCCAACCCUGCCCUCCCCCUUGUCCCGGGAUCACUCCGUCGCACCCACCAUGAUGGAAGACGACGGGCAGCCCCGGACUCUCUGGCUAGAAACGCGACGUGUGCCCACAUAAGUAAGGAAACGUCCUGAGCGGCGGUGCCCCCGUGUGUCAGUCCAUGCUCACACCUCUGUCCUCCUUGUCCUCCUCCCACUCUCCUCGCGGGAAGGGGUGUUUUUUUUUUAGACAAAGACUGCUCCACCUUCCUAGGUCUUCCCCCUGCAGCACUUAGUUCACUGCCUGGAAGAUAAGAGACACACACAAGCUAAGACAUAUGGUUCUAUCAUCAGAAAACAAUAUGGUGUUUAUAGCCUAGAUACGUAGGCAACCUCUCCAGAGAUGUGACAGAAGUCCUUAUCCUUCAGUUGUUCAGUCAGAUUGGACCCUGUAAAAGCUGUAAAAUGAUAACAGAGCAACCCGAUAGCAGAAGGGUCAACUCUUCUGUUGGAUUUUCUGUUUUGCAGCAUACAAGCAAUGACCCAUAUUGCUUUGUGGAAUUUUAUGAACACAGAGAUGCAGCUGCUGCAUUAGCUGCUAUGAAUGGGAGAAAAAUUUUGGGGAAGGAGGUCAAAGUAAACUGGGCAACAACACCAAGUAGCCAGAAAAAAGAUACUUCCAAUCACUUCCAUGUGUUUGUUGGGGAUUUGAGUCCAGAAAUUACAACAGAAGAUAUCAAAUCAGCAUUCGCCCCCUUUGGUAAAAUAUCGGAUGCCCGAGUAGUUAAAGACAUGGCGACUGGAAAAUCCAAAGGCUAUGGUUUUGUGUCUUUUUAUAACAAACUGGAUGCAGAAAAUGCAAUCGUGCACAUGGGAGGUCAGUGGUUGGGUGGUCGUCAAAUCAGAACCAACUGGGCCACGCGGAAACCGCCUGCACCUAAAAGUACACAAGAAAAUAACACUAAGCAGCUGAGAUUUGAAGAUGUAGUGAACCAGUCAAGUCCAAAAAAUUGUACUGUGUACUGUGGAGGAAUCGCUUCUGGGUUAACAGAUCAACUUAUGAGACAAACAUUCUCACCAUUUGGACAAAUCAUGGAAAUAAGAGUUUUUCCAGAGAAGGGCUAUUCAUUUGUCAGAUUUUCGACCCACGAGAGUGCGGCCCAUGCCAUUGUUUCGGUGAAUGGCACCACGAUCGAAGGACAUGUUGUUAAAUGCUAUUGGGGUAAAGAAUCUCCUGAUAUGACUAAAAACUUCCAACAGGUCGACUACAGCCAGUGGGGCCAGUGGGGCCAGGUCUACGGCAACCCGCAGCAGUACGGGCAGUACAUGGCCAACGGGUGGCAAGUGCCGCCCUACGGAGUGUACGGGCAGCCGUGGAACCAGCAAGGAUUCGGAGUAGAUCAAUCACCUUCUGCUGCUUGGAUGGGUGGAUUUGGUGCUCAGCCUCCCCAAGGACAAGCUCCUCCCCCCCCUGUAAUACCUCCUCCUAACCAAGCUGGAUAUGGUAUGGCAAGUUACCAAACGCAGUGAGCUGGGACUCUGAACACAGUUGUAAUUCACGAUAGCUUCAGUUUCCUGUGACACUCUGAAGACAUGGAAGUAGACAUCGGAAAAUGGAAAUAUUUAUUUUAAAAAUGGAAAUGUUUGGAACCUUUAGCACAGCUUUGCUUUGGUGAAGGACACGUGUCUUCUAGUUCUGCCUUUUUAAGUUUUUGUUCAUGAUGGAUAUGAACAUGAUUUUUCUUUGUGUACAAAAACUAAAAUAAAGUCAAUAAAGACAA